UAUCCGGUGGUGAAGAGUGAACGCGUGGAUCAAGUGAUGGAUGUAUUGGACGUGUCGUUCGCUGAGGGCAGCGAUGAUUACAACAUUAAUGUCACCGAAAUAGAUGAAAGCGACGAAGAGGUUGUGGCAGAGAGUGGUGUGAAGUCGAGCGCUAAAAGAGUGGCCAAAACGCGGGUUCAACGCACGGAUCAGUCGAGCGAUGAUCGGACCAAAUGUGAACAAUGUCUGCAAACGUUUGGCUCGACUAUUAAACUCUCGAAGCAUAUCCGAAAGGCUCACANGGGUGGUGUGAAGUCGAGCGCUAAAAGAGUGGCCAAAACGCGGGUUCAACGCACGGAUCAGUCGAGCGAUGAUCGGACCAAAUGUGAACAAUGUCUGCAAACGUUUGGCUCGACUAUUAAACUCUCGAAGCAUAUCCGAAAGGCUCACAAAGACCUAUACGAUCGGCUGACCCAGAAGUUCAUCUGCACCGCCGAUGGAUGUGGUCUUCAGUUCAAGAAAUUCUGUUCAUUAUUACUCCAUAAAACGAGACAUUUUGGUGAAAAGCAAUUCAAAUGUGCGGACACUUACCCGGACUGUGAGUGGAGUUUCUAUACGGCCGGUGAGCUCAGAAACCAUCAAAUCGGCGCCCAUUCGCCGCAACAGCUGUUUCAUUGCGAUUGGAUUGGAUAUAUACACAAGACUUAUAAACACAACGACUCGGAAACCAAUUUACAAUUGUUGGACACAUCGGACGACGCGUUCAAUAACUUUGUGCCGAAUAAGACUUAUCUGAAGAUAGACUUCAAUUGCCACUAUUCGCCGAUCAAACACACGAAGACCAACAAUAUCUUGAGAUAUAUCUGUAAUUAUCGUUAUUGUGAGUUCAAAGCGGUGGCGUUGGAUCGCAUCGUAGAUCACAUCCAACGUCUUCACUACGACAAGAGUCCCAUGAAGUGCGAGGAAUGCGAUGACAUGUUUUGGACACAAAAAGAGCUCAUCAAUCAUAUCAAACCCAAUCACAGCUCUAUUUACGAUCAAACGAGUCGUGCGUUUAAAUGCAGUCAAUGUUCGCUCACUUUUGAUAAAUACUGCAAACUAACGACCCAUAGAUUAAGACAUUCGGGCGACAAGAAGUUCAAGUGUUCGGAACAGUUCUCGGACUGUCAAUGGAGUUUCUAUACGAUAGGAGAGUUGAAGAACCAUCAACUCUGGGCUCACAGUCCGGACCUGAACUUUGUGUGCGAUUGGGCUGAUUGUGGCAAACGGUUUAAAUUGAAAAACCUUUUAGAGCACCAUAAACUCAUACAUACGGGUCAACAGCCAUUCAAAUGCAUUUGGCCGGGAUGCGAAUCAAAGUUUGUGAGAGAGCCGGCGCUCCGAUUACACAUCACGAGCCAUACGGGUGUCAAAGAUUUUGUGUGCGAUUGGCCAGAAUGUGGUCACGCUUUCCGAUCGAAAUCAAACCUACGAAUGCACUACACGUCACACAUUAAUGAUAGACGCUUUCAGUGCGAAUGGCCCGGCUGUGAGUCCCGGUUCCUCAAUAAGAUACAACUCCGGCGCCACUAUCUGUGCCAUAAGAGUGUCGGUGACUUUGCCUGUCCGUGGGAUAACUGUGGCAAAAAACUCAAAUCUAAAUUUUCAUUGAAUCUGCAUUUGAUGGCACACAGGGGUGAGAAGCCGGUGAAGUGCGCGGCUCUGGACUGCGAUAUGCGGUUCACUGAGAGAAGCCAAAUGAGAAAACACUUCAAACGAAAGCACCUCAAUAUCAGAUGCAAAUAGAGUGCCCAAACGCCCCGCACAUUGCACCGCACUAUAACUCACCUGGAUGAUCUAGCAUAUAAUUUUACAAUAUCAUGCAGCAUGAUUCAUGCUCGUAUGUACUGUAUUACCAUCG